AUGUCGGACCUCAAGGAUAUUGAGAUGCCCACCGACACCCAUAAGGAGGCUCCUAUCGCUUUCGAGAUGGACCAUGUGUCUGAGAAGGUCGAUAAUGAGAUCAACGAGGCUGCGAUGGACGCUGAGCUGGCACAGCUUGAGGAGCAGUUGCAGACUCUGCCCAAGUCUCGGUUUGAGGUCACAUUCUCCAAUCCGGCUAUCUAUACCUACAUGCUGGUUGCAUUCGCUUCCAUGGGAGGUCUUCUUUCUGGUCUCGAUCAAUCUCUGAUCAGUGGUGCCAACUUGUCUCUUCCCACUGCUCUGCACCUUAAUUCUAAUCAAGCCAGUCUGGUGAAUGGUGGUAUGCCGCUUGGUGCUGUUGCUGGUGCCCUAUUGCUUUCUCCAUGCAAUGAGUACCUUGGACGUCGCAUGUCUAUCAUUGUCUCUUGCGUUCUGUACACCAUUGGCGCCGGUCUGGAGGCUGGUGCCAUCAACUUUGGUAUGAUAUUUGCUGGCCGUAUGGUUUUGGGUGCCGGUGUUGGUCUGGAGGGUGGUACUGUGCCUGUUUAUGUUGCGGAGUCUGUUCCUAGCAAGAUCCGUGGUAACCUCGUCUCCCUCUACCAACUCAACAUUGCUCUCGGUGAAGUGCUUGGUUAUGCUGUCGCUGCCAUGUUCAUCAGCGUCGAAGGUUCCUGGCGCUACAUUCUUGGCUCAUCCCUCGUUUUCUCGACCAUCCUCUUCGUUGGAAUGCUUUUCCUCCCGGAGAGCCCCCGUUACUUGAUGCUCAAGGGACACGAAAUCGAAGCAUACGGAGUCUGGAAGCGCAUCCGUGGAUUCAACGAUUUUGCCGCCAAGGACGAGUUCCUUGGUAUGCGCCAGGCCGUCCAGGCCGAGUGCGAGGAGCAGUCCCAGACCAAGAAAUAUGCCUGGAUGGACUUCUUCACCAACCCGCGUGCUCGCCGCGCCAUUGUCUACGCCAACAUUAUGAUUUUCCUCGGCCAGUUCACCGGUGUCAACGCCGUCAUGUACUACAUGUCCACUCUCAUGGAGGCCAUCGGUUUCGACGCGAAGACCUCCGUCUUCAUGUCCCUCGUUGGCGGUGCUUCCCUGUUGUUCGGCACCAUUCCUGCUGUCAUGUACAUGGAGCGUUUCGGCCGCCGCUACUGGGCUAAUGCCAUGCUCCCCGGUUUCUUCAUCGGUCUUGUCCUCGUCGGCGUUGGUUACACCAUCGAUUACAACAAGUACCCCGCCGCGGCUCAGGGUAUCUACCUUACUGGUAUCAUCCUAUACAUGGGCUUCUUUGGCUCCUACGCGUGUCUGACCUGGGUCAUUCCCUCGGAGGUCUUCCCCACCUACCUGCGUCACUAUGGCAUGACCACCGCCGACGCUAACCUCUUCCUCUGCUCCUUCAUCGUCACAUUCAACUUCACCCGAAUGAUGAACUCAAUGACCCGUAUCGGUCUCACUCUCGGUUUCUACGGUGGUAUCGCCGUUCUAGGCUGGUUCUACCAGAUUAUCUUCAUGCCCGAGACUAAGAACAAGACUCUUGAGGAGAUCGAUGAGCUCUUCUCGCAGCCUACUUCUGUUAUUGUGAAGCAGAAUAUGAAGCAGACUGCUCAGGUUAUUCGUGAUCUGUCUCACUUCCGUCUGCGGAAGGUUUUCUCCCCUGAGCCUUACUAG